UGUGUGUCAAGGUGUUACAAUCGUAAUUGUGUAUCCAUACUCGUGAUUUGUAUGUAAACAGAUGAACAAUUAUGAUACAUAAUAGUAAUAUAUAUUAAUUGUGACACAAUAAACAUAAUUUGCCUCAGAUUUUUAAGUACAACUUUACACGUAGUUUGACCAUAACCAAUAUGUCAGACGUUAAAAGUCUUGAAUAUCCAACGUUAAAGGUUCCUUAUGAACUCCUUAAUAAAAAAUUUCGUUUAGCUCAAAAAGUCAUAGACAGGGAAGCUUCGUAUGUACAAACAGCAGCUAAUGAAUUAAUGAAAGAUAAUAAAACCUCUGUUCCUGCUGGAGAAAUGAGUAUAUUAUUAGGAGGUGUUGUAGAAAAACUUCAAACUUUAAAAAGAAAAGCACAAGAGUCUAUUGCAGAAGAGUUACAAGCNNNNAUGGUUUGCAAAAGACGAUUAGAACAUUUAAAAGAACAUGCUAAUACUGCACCAAGUGUUGUGAAUCAAUGGCGGAGACAAAGGCUUGACAGAAUGUUGAUAGAAUAUUUCCUUCGUAAAGGCUAUUAUACAACUGCGACUAAGUUAGCAGACAGUAGUGAGCUUAGAGAUCUAACAAAUAUAGAUGUUUUUAUGGUAUCAAGAGAGGUUGAAACAUCUUUAGCAAAUCAUGAAACGGCAAGGUGUGUUGGUUGGUGCUACGACAAUCGAUCUAAGUUAAGAAAAUUAGGAAGUACUAUGGAAUUUAAUCUACGUGUACAAGAAUUUAUAGAAUUAGUAAGACAAGAUAGAAGGCUCGAUGCUGUCAAGCAUGCUAGGAAAUGUUUUACAAAUUAUGAUGAUAUUCAGUUACAUGAAAUUCAGUGCUGUAUGGGACAAUUAGCAUUUCCAGCUAAUACAUCUCUUAGUCCAUAUAAAAAUCUAUUAGAUGAAAAAAGAUGGGAUAGAUUAAUCGAGCAAUUUAGACAUGAAAAUUAUAGACUUUUCCAAUUGGCAAGUCAGAGUGUUUUUACUGUAGCAUUACAAGCUGGUUUAUCAGCAUUAAAAACACCUCAAUGUUAUAGUGCAAACAAAGAAGGCAGAAAUCCAAAUUGUCCAGUAUGCAAUGAAGCUCUUAAUGAAUUAGCUGUUCCAUUGCCUUUUGCUCAUUGUUCACAAUCCAGACUUGUUUGCAGUAUUAGUGGAAAACCGUUAAAUGAAUAUAAUCAACCAAUGAUGAUGCCAAAUGGAUAUGUAUAUGGAGAACAAGCACUGGAAAAAAUGGCUCAAGAAAAUAAUGGUACUGUAAUUUGUCCAAAAACCAAAGAAGUGUUUCCGUACAAAAAAAUAGAAAAAGUGUAUGUUAUGUAAAAACUACUGAUUCAGAUACAGAACCUGUAUUAUAUACAGUGCAUCUUUCACAUUCUAACUCGGAAUAUUUACUGUUUAAUACUCUAU